AUGCUGGUUUCCGGGGUCAUCAUGUAUCGAAGAACCCAAGGAAAGCUCACCGCCACAUCAUCUGAACAUGAGAGGAUGCAGCGCCAGUUUUUCAAUGCGUUGAUUCUCCAGGUCGCCGCGCCCACCAUCUUCUUCCAACUCCCCGGAUUCGUUGUCUUGGUUUCCCCAUUUCUCGACUUCAAACUAAGUUUUCACUCUGGAGUUGUGACAUUGGGAUUUAGUGCCUAUCCACUGGUGGACACUUCGAUAGUGCUGAGAGUGGUCACGGAGUACAAGAACGCUUAUAAGAGGUUUUUACGAGGUUUCGCCAAGGAUUGCAUUGAAUUCCUUGGAGGGGAUACACCGAGGAACCCACCAGCAACCGUCACAAAUGCCUUGGCCUUAGUAUGA